GGAUUUUUUCAUUUGAAAUGAGAUGUUUUGGCGUCCUGGACACCCAGAAUGAAUCAGGGACGGAAAACAAGAGCUUUGUUUGCUUUCUAAAGGCAAAGUUUUUCUUUUCUUUCUAUCUGAACAUGCUCAAAAUACACAGCUGAGUGUUGUUUAUACGUUCUGCUUGUCCAGGGUGCUAAAAUACCUCAUUUCAAAUGAAAAAAUCCAAAAAAUUCCAAGUCAAAAAAAGUCGGUAUUUUCGGUAUCGGUAUAUACCGAAGUUCGAUAUUUUUGGUAUUCGGUAUACCGAUACCGGUGCAUACCUAAUGGUGAUCAUUGAAUCAAAGAGUUUAAAAUCAAAGCAUAUUUUUCUUGUUUUAUUAUAGGUCAAGCACUUGGAGAAAUAAUGGCCAAUUAUUUUGUUAAUCCAACAUUAUUACGUGUAGUGCGUGUUGCACGUGUUGGUAGAAUUUUGAGAUUGGUUAAAGGUGCAAAAGGUAUUCGUACAUUGUUAUUUGCAUUAGCCGUUAGUAUGCCAGCAUUAUUCAAUAUUGGCUUGUUAUUAUUUUUGGUUAUGUUUAUCUAUUCAAUAUUUGGAAUGUCAUUUUUUGCCUAUGUAAGAAAAUCAGCAGGUGUCACUGAUUUGUUUAAUUUCGAAACAUUUCCAAAUUCAAUGAUAAUUCUAUUCCAAAUGUGUACAAGUGCUGGAUGGUCGGGUGUAUUGACAGCAUUAACCAACGAUCAUGCACCGGAUUGUAAUAGUACAAUACAGUCUCCAUCCCAUCGGGGAGACUGUGGCAACACGGGAAUUGCAGUCCCGUUUCUUGUUUCGUAUUUGAUAAUUAGUUUUUUAGUUGUUGUUAAUAUGUACAUAGCUGUGAUAUUAGAAAAUUUUAGUCAAGCUCAAGAAGAUGUUCAACAAGGUCUGACUGAUGAUGAUUACGACAUGUACUAUGAAAAAUGGCAAAAAUUAGAUCCAGCGGGCACUCAAUUUAUACUCUAUGAUCAAUUAUCUGAUUUUGUUGAUGAAUUAGAAGAACCAUUACGUAUACCAAAACCAAAUCAUUUGCUAUUGGUAGCCAUGGAUCUGCCAAUAUGUGAACAUGAGCGCGUUCAUUGUGUCGAUAUUCUUGAUGCUUUAACAAAAUAUUUUCUCGGCACAUUAGAUGUACAUGGUAGUACGGUACUGACACCGAUUGAUAUUAAAAAAGAUCGUCCAAAAGAUUAUAAUCCAGUGACAACAACGUUAAAACGUCAACGAGAGCAAUAUUGUUCUCGAUUAGGUGCACGUGCAUUUCAUCGUAACGUUAAACGAAAAUGUUUCGAACGUGCACAACGUGAACCAAUUUUAGAGCGUGCAACAAUCGAUGAAUUAUUACUUGAUCCUGAUUCAUCAACUUCUCCGUCACUAUCACCUCUUCAAAUGACAAAUAAUCAUCCAUUUAUAUGUUUUGAUACAAAUCAACAUCAGACCAUCACGAUGAUACAUCCGAAUAAUAUUUUCCAACAAAAAAAUGGAUAA